AUGCAACUCUCCAAGAAUCCGAUCAAACAAACAAAUCGAGAGACGAAGAGGAAACACACAGAAGAUUUUACGAUGAAGAGAUCAGUAAUCAUGUCACCCGAAUCUCCGGUUUUCUUCCCACCUCCGCUUGUUUUUUCUCCGACGUCGGUCAAAACGCCGUCGUCUUCACCACGCUCGACACCACCGAAGCUAACUAUGGUAGCUUGUCCUCCAAGGAAGCCAAGGGAGACGACGACGACAACCACGACGGGUUCAGAGACGGUGUUGAAAAGAAAGCGACCACCGAUGCUCGACCUAACAUCAGCUCCGGCGAUCGCAUCGUGGUGCAAUACGCCGGUUAAGACGCCGGAAAAAUCAGAAGAGGUUGUUGAAGCAGAGAAAGACGGAUAUUACUCUGUUUAUUGCAAGAGAGGAAGACGUGGACCAAUGGAAGAUCGGUAUAUCGCGGCGGUUGAUACCGACGAAGGAGCUCGCAAGAAGGCUUUUUUCGGUGUUUUCGACGGUCACGGCGGAUCAAAAGCGGCGGAAUUCGCGGCGAUGAAUCUCGGUAACAACAUUGAAGCGGCGGUUGCGGCGGCGAGAUCAGAAGAAGAAGGUUGCUCGAUCGAGAGAGCGAUAAGAGACGGUUACAUUAAAACAGACGAGGAUUUCUUGAAACAAGGCUCGAGAGGCGGCGCGUGUUGUGUAACCGCUCUGAUAUCGGAAGGCGAGAUUGUGGUUUCGAAUGCCGGAGACUGCCGUGCUGUUAUAAGCCGCGGUGGAGCUGCGGAGGCUCUUACCACCGAUCACAAUCCUUCUCAAGCAAAUGAACUCAAAAGGAUUGAAGCAUUGGGUGGUUAUGUUGACUGUUGCAACGGCGUUUGGAGAAUUCAAGGAACAUUAGCCGUCUCACGAGGAAUUGGAGACCGGUAUCUCAAGGAGUGGGUAAUAGCUGAACCGGAAACAAGAAAAUUACGGAUUAAACCGGAAUUUGAGUUCUUGAUCUUAGCUUCUGACGGUCUUUGGGAUAAGGUAACGAACCAAGAGGCGGUUGAUGUGGUUCGACCGUACUGCGUAGGUGUGGAGAAUCCCAAAUACACUUUCUGCUUGCAAGAAACUAGCCGAGCUAUCGUGUAAGAGAGGGUGCUUGGAUGAUAUUAGUCUAAUCAUAGUUCAGCUUCAACACUUCGUGCCAUGAUUCAUUAACAUAGCUAGUAUAUUAAGUUAAAACUUGAUUAAUUUUAGUAGGUCUUAAGCUAUUGAUAAUUUUGUCCGGUAUUACAUGUAACUAAAGGGUCAACCAUGACUAAUCUAUUACUAUUUUUGGGGAUAUCAAGAUCCAAGUGCCUUUAGCUUGCAACUUUGUUUCGUAUAUAUGGGUUGGAUGUAAAUAAGGUGGAUAUAAC